CUUUUCUUGACUUGCCUUGACCCCAAAUAGCGUGGAAGUCGCUGAAGCAACAAAGGUUCUCAAAUCGUCCCCUUGCCGCCACGAUUCGAGUAAAUCUUUGUCAAAAUGAAGUUUAACAUCAGCAACCCGAGCACCGGUGCUCAGAAGCUCGUCGAGGUGGAAGAUGAGCGCAAGCUCAGGUUUUUCAUGGAGAAGCGCAUGGGCGCUGAGGUGUCAGCCGAGCCCCUCGGUGACGAGUGGAAGGGCUACAUCCUCAAGAUCACCGGUGGAAACGACAAGCAGGGUUUCCCGAUGAAGCAGGGUGUCCUCCUGCCCAACCGUACCCGCCUCCUCCUGUCCGAAGGCCACUCCUGCUACCGUCCCCGCCGCACUGGUGAGCGCAAGAGAAAGUCCGUCCGCGGUUGCAUCACCGGCAUGGACUUGUCCGUCCUUGCCGUCUCCAUCGCCAAGCGCGGCGAGCAGGACAUCCCCGGCCUCACCGACGUCGUCCACCCUAAGCGCCUCGGUCCCAAGCGCGCCACCAAGAUCCGCAAGUUCUUCGACCUCAGCAAGGAAGACGAUGUGCGCAAGUACGUCAUUCGCCGUGAGGUCCAGCCCAAGGGUGAGGGAAAGAAGCCUUACACCAAGGCCCCCAAGAUCCAGCGCCUGGUUACUCCCCAGCGCCUGCAGCACAAGCGCCACCGCAUCGCACUGAAGAAGCGCCAGUCCGAGAAGGUCAAGGACGCUGCCAACGAGUACGCCCAGAUCCUCGCCAAGCGUGUCGCCGAGGCCAAGGCCACCAAGGCCGACGCUCGCAAGAGGCGUGCCAGCUCCAUGCGCAAGUAAAUUUGUGUGUGGUGAUGGCGGGCGUUUGUGUAGUUAGUUCUUUGAAUGGAAAUGGGGUUACGCUUUUACAUUUAUGGGGACAUAAAAAAAAACUGGACUGGCGAAAGGGUUGCGACUUUCGAUCGCCUUUAGGCGUCGGGCUGGCUUUGAUAUCAACGACAUGGGAACAGUUAGGGAUGAUGUCUCUCUCCAAACUGGUCACGGUUUCAUGCAUUGCAUUUUAAGGCGAUAAUUUUUAUGAUACUCGGCUCGUCCAGAGGUUAUGUGACUGCACGUAACUCUUCAAAUUUUGAUGGAACAUCUGAGGUAACUGUCAGACGUUUACAUGUUCAUAGAACUGGUAUGCAAUGCCGCCUGUUGAUGACCUUUCUCUAUGCCCGGGCCUUGCUUUACUGUACCAUAUCCAUGCUGCCAUGUGUGUCCAUGCGCACAGAUAACCACCGGUCUGUGACAGACAUUUGUUGCCAGGCGCUAUCCACUCCGGAUGGCUUCCUUGCAAUCGACCAAACCACAGAAGCGGCUCCAGUCCAUUAGUUUGCAGUCCAAAUUACCGGCAAGCAUCUUGCGGCUUAAAGGGGCGUGGUUCGCAGACAUAGCAUGCUGUCAACUGCAACUCCUGCCUAGGCAUAAGCUUUGGUGGGUGGAACCCUUGGCGCGGCAUUGUGGAGCCAUCAUACGCAGUGUUUGAAGCUCAGUGGCCGUCUAGGUAGUCGAAUUGUCCCUCUCGGCUUGCCCUUGAGCAAGUCGUUUGAUGACAGUGUGCCUUUGAUUGGUCACGCCCCUCUCUCUCACUUGACUCUACUCAUAAUAGUCUCUGGGCCCCUUUCCACGUAGAUUUGUGCAGCGCGAGCCUUGACAGCAUUUAGGGUAGCGCGCUCAAAGUCGUCGCGAGAUCUGAGAACAGCCUCGACCCAGGUGAUCUGCAAGUCCCAAUACUGCGUCUUGAAGCGCUCAAAGACAUCGGGCACCUGCUCCUUGGGGCUGCUGAGGAGGCCUUCGAAAAGCUGAAUGACUUUCCAGCUCUCCUUCAACUGCAGGCCAACGUCGGAACCGUUCUGCAUCGAAAUCUCAUCAAAGAACUCAAAAACCGUCUGUACAUCGUUGAAAAUCUUCUCCUGGAACUGAUCGGACCUCUUGAACUUUGCGCCCUUGUUUCGGACACAUCCCAGGUAGCGUGCGAGGAGUUCGUCUGCGAAAAGCUCGAUGAAUAUAUCCACCAGGGAGUGGUGCAGCACCUGGCGAUAGUCACCGACGUAUUCUUCGAAUGUGACAAUCAUCUGCCGCAUGGCUGUUGAUGUAUACCAUUUCGGUGUGAAAAAGUCGGCAAGGACAGGCUUGAAGUCGAUAACAAAAAUCAUGUGAAUGAACUUGGUCAAACACCAUGUGCUAAAGUCUACGUAGCCAUCACGCAAGGCUUCAAUCUCGGUGUCGGCGCGCUCCAUAUACGGCUGUGAGACUAUGGGCUCAAACUUUUGCCGGAAGCUGGUCAGAUAACCCAUGCGACCUUCGUCUUCAUUGUCGUCAAUGCAGGCAAUUUGGUCGUUUGCUGUAGCCACUAGCCAAUCCUGUAAAGCCUGGAAACCCUCCAGCUCAGGCUGCUUGCCGGACUCGUACACUUGAGCCUCCUCCUCAAGCAUCUUUUGCCACGACUGUUGGCGAGCGCGCAGGCGGAGGAACAUGGCAUCGACAACACCCUCAGCGACAUCUGCACGUUUCGAGUUGGCAGCCGCAUCAAGCUGCUCUCGCAUCAUCUUCCACAUGUCGAUAAGAGUCUUGGUGCGGAAGUAACCAAACUCGUCUGCGUCCAGGUUGCCGUUCUCGGCUGAUGCCCGCUCCGAGAACUCCUUGCGUUCUUGGGUGAAAAUGCGUUCGAUCCAUUCGUCCAGAAACUUGAUGAUAAGCUGCCUGAAGUCACGAACCAGCUCAGCUUCACGGUUGUCGAGCACAUGAGGGCUCAGUUCAUCCUGCUUGAAACCGAGCUUGUUCAUUCGCUUGUAAUAUUUUUCAGGCCAGCCGACAAUUUCAAGAGUGGUAGUUGAGCUGCUCUCUGGGUCGUCUACCAAGCCUACCAGGAAAUCGUGCAUAAGCUCGUGGUAUAUGGUACCAUAUGUUUUAAAUAUCUUCCACUUUUUGGGCAUCAAGGGAACCAUGCCCAUCUGAACAGCUUUGAGGUCGUUGAAAAACCAACGCAAGGUCUUGUCCAACGUUGACGGGUCAUCAAGAACCUCCUCGCGGCUCAUUUUGAACUGUUCGUUGGCAUAGGCACGGAUGGCUUGCAAAAACUUGUCCUUGUAGCCGCGGACCGUCUUGGCGCCAUCCGUGAUGCUUUGGAAGCGCGCGGCCAUCUCCUUGUGAUCUUUCAGUGCAUCCUGAAGUGCCAGAACUCUCUGGUCACUCUUCUCCUCUGCUUCUAUGAUAAGAGCGAAGCGCACGACCAGGCUGUUGUUCUCAGACUGGACAAGCUGGAUAAGGUUCAUGGAGACCAUGCCAACAUGCUCAUCAAACCAAUCGAUGGUGCUGUCCAGGCGCUCGAAAUAGUCCUCAAGUGUCGAUUGCAGACUCGGGUCGUCGGCGCGCGAUAUUUGCUCGAUGGCGUCGUCUCGGAUGUUGCGUAGCUGUGUGAGUUCGUAAUGGAUGGACAGCAGUCUUGGCAUCCCCUGCUGGUCCUCUUCGUCCUCCUUGAGCAUGAGCUCGACGGCAUUGAGACGUUCGUUAAAGGUCUCGAGAUUGUUGCGCAUAGCCUCGACGGCGCCAAAGUUGCGGUGGGCCUGCGAUACUAAGUUGAUGGUGGCGAAGUCCUUGAUCAUGUUCUGGCUCUCGGAGCACAGCUUGUCAAUCUUGACCAUCUCAUCCUUGAUCUGUUGCACCGUCUUUUGACCUUCGGAAAGACCAUUCAUGCCGCCCUGUGUCGUUUCGAGCUGCUCGCGCAGGCCGGCCCGCAGCUGACUGUCGACGGCAUCUUUCUUGCGAGUGAACUCUUGCUUGAGACCAAGAAUCUUGUCGAGGUCAUCAGGGUGACGAAGCAACUCUGACAGCUUGACUUGGGGGGCAUCCAUGGCGUCAGCUGUCUUGUGUGUUGCCGACUAUUAUGUAUUUGGUGCCAGUUCAAUCGCUGAAGAGGGGAAUCGUGGAUGGGAUGUCGGCGGGUUUGGAGGUAAGCGGGCGGUUGCGACUUAGGGCUGGCUUCACUGGCCAGGCGGGCUCGCCGGCAAGGCGACUUUGUGGGUGUAACAGCUCAGCUAGCCCCAGCCUUCAAAGUAAG